AUGCGCGUAGCCGAUGCGCUCCUGUUGGGUAGCGUUACAUUGUUGAUUGCGUGCACAAACGGGUCACCGGCACCUCAAUCCCCCGAAAAGCCGCAAGCCCUUCCGGCUAAGUGCCUCGGGCUGCUCGACCGUCCAUCCGUGUUCAUCCACGAGGCCGUCAAGUCAGAUGUCGUCACUUGGGGCGACGCGUACACGCUGCAUUGUGAGGCCACCGCAUCACCUCCGUCCGGAAUCACAUGGUACAAAGAUGGGCAAAAAAUCAGCAAAGACCUAAAGAUCGAAACAAUGGAGGGAAUUAUUGAGACAGGUGUUGAAACACGCGAAGGUCGACUACACAUCCCUUGCUUCUCCCCAAGCAUGGAAGGCGAAUACACGUGUGUUGUAGAUAAUGAAUGUGGUGUUAUUGCCAGCUCAUCCACGAAUAUCACACUCAAUGGAAUGGCAAGGCCGAAGCGCUGCUUGAAGGAUAUCUCACCCCCUGUCAUCGUGGAAGCAACGACGAGUCGAGUAGAGCAACCCCAGAAUAACGUUAGAAUGAUUUGCCGAGCCGCCGGGUUGCCGAAACCAACGAUUUACUGGACAAGGAUUGACGAGGAUGGAAAUGAUAUCUCCAUCGAAAAUGAUGUUCGCUUCCAGCGUGAAGCCACCGGUGACUUGGUAGUCCUUGGGCAGCUGAACAGCGACGAAGCUUCGAUCGACCUGCGCUGCACGGCACAAAACGAAUGGGGAGAAGCCUUCACCGAGUCCUCGAUCAUCUACGUGCUCCCGGAAAACUCUCCAUACACCCUGUUUGCACAACACGAAGCCCUACACCACCAAGCCGAAAAAGAAUUUCUCCGACAACAAAAACAAUUCCAAGACCAGCUUCUACUCCAUCCGUUCCAGCAAACUUUCGUUGGUACCGGUGGUGGGGGUGGUCCACCACUUUUUGCCCCACCAACUAACAAUUAUUAUGAACAACCACAAACCGCCUAUCGACCUCAAGCGGUACCACAAAUCAAUCGUGUGUCAACUCAGCCGCUUCCUGUAGCCACCAGAGAUAUCCAGGGCCAGCAGGUCGUUGUAAGUCAGCCAGCUCCAUUACCAGUUCAACAGCAGAAAAUUGCUGCGCCGGCUCCAAUCGUUGCUAGCCCAACCCGAGUACAAACAGCUGGCGUGGAAAGUGCAGAGAGAAUAUUACCAAGGCCAGAACACAUGAAAGCCCCGACUCUAGAUAGAAUUACAUCGAGCAAAGAAGAUCCCCCAUUUGAUCCGAUCCAAAACGCAAUGGUUGCCCAAGUACUACAAGUCAAUUCUGAUGGCAUCGACCGGCUCCAUGAAUCAAAACCGAACCAUGCUAGGCGGAGGUCAAAAUCUGGGACUCGUAGCGAGGGAAAAGCUAACGACAAAUCCGCAGAAACUGUCAUCAGGGGCGAAAGGACGUUUACGGCAUCUGAAAGCCAUGAUGAGGAUACCCUAGAAGUGAAUACCAAGGAUGUACCCACGGCUAAAAAAGAAGGCAACGUCGAUAUUCAAAAAUUGUUUCACGCCUUGGAUUUAUCGCCUGAUGAGAAGCGGGAAAUUGUGCAGCAUGUUGAACAGCUGCUGAAAGAAGAAAUUACACGAAAAAUUCUUCGAAAUGCCGGAUUCAAUUUGAAUUCAACAACUAGUUUGGUCCCGAGUUGGCCGAGAGAGACGACGAUAACGCAAUUGUCGACUACAACAAUGACUACGACGUUUGCGACAACUCCAUUCCCGGCUACAACCAGACCGUCAAUCACACUUCAUGGUACUGUUGAAGAAGUUCCUGAACCAUCACCAAUCAAGCAUAUGUCUGGCACCUUGCAUAUCAGGGACCAACCGGAAAUCCGUGAAAGCCAACCGGCCCCACCCAGAAUGAGUCUAAUUGACGAGACGAGCGUUGCAGAAAGCAAAAGCCCAAUAGUGCAACCUGGCCAAACCAUUAAAAUUAUUGGAGCAGAGCAAAUCCAGCCGCAGGGUGACCCCGAUUGGCCGGUGCAAACCACGGAUAAGCACCUGUCUUUUAAUGGCAAUCCGCGUACCGUAGAAGAAGGGAUAGGAAGAAUCCAUACAAGGCGGAUUCGGCCCGAAGCUGAUACCCUUUUGCCGGAUGCUGUUGAUCCGGAAGUGACGGGGGAGCCAUUGGAUUUGAGUGAGGCAGAUUCGGUAACACCAGCUGGUGAGAGGAUGGUGGUUAAUGUAGAGCCAGUCACAACGACUACUGAAAUGACGACAACUACAGAUUAUCAGCCGCUUUCAAAGACGAACUACCUUCCACCAAGGAUGCGAAAUCGGCCCCACGUCAUGACGGCUUUCCAACGACUCGCCAAUGACUAUCGGGCAAGACUUGAAGGCACGGAUAGCAUGGGUCGACUACUAGCCAAUUUCUACAAAGAUGCCUACAUCGUCCUUCGACAACGAGAUGUAUCAUCGUCAAUCAAGCGACACCCGACCAGCCGCAACAAAAAUCGACACCGCAAAGUGUUCCGCGGCCGAGUU